AUGGGUGAGGCAGAGCUUAUCAAGACUGUGCGAGGUCUUGACCAGAGUGGCCCCGGCGAGAAUGGAGAGAACCUGUACAACCUCUGGAGAUGCCUGACUGCAUCGGCUGACAGCCAUUUCCAUGCCGCAGAACAGAGUUGCUUGAGAUGGCUCCUCAGAUCGAUGAAUGGACCAACGCGCAGCGCGGAGACAUUGCGACGCUAUCCGAUGACCUGGAGACUACUCGAUUGCGUCUUCCAGAGAAUACCGCUGUUUUCACUCGCCAAGUCACUCGCCGAUAGGAAAUUUGUCGCCGUGUUGCAGCAAACUUUGAAGGAUGUGUCACAUGGCCAGGACGACCACAGGACGGCAACAUCUUCUAAACGGAAACGGUCGCCACCCGCGACCUUUGCUCUCGACUCCUUGACGACUCGAGAUGGCUGCGUGGAGAGUGGUCAGGCAAUCUUCACAUCUCUGAGAACGUUGACGCAGAGGAUCGGCGACAGGACGACAACAUCAUCGCACGACAGGGUUGGAGCAGAGCAUCUGGCCUCCCUGUUUGCAAGCCCAGCGAGUGAGGCCGCGACGCUUGCUGCGCCGCUACUGAGGAUAUGCGACAUUUUGCUAGAGAGCGGCAGUUUUGCGGAAGCCACAGGGUCUGAGGAUUGGAUUGACGUUGUCGCUUCUCUGUGGCACCUUCACCUUCAAGGUGAAGACGACGCCACCGAGGUGGCGAGACAGCUGUUCGGACCGGCAUCCGCCGUUGUUGUCCAAGUAGAAGGACUGGCCCAGAGUGGUGAUGUGUCGAUACCAAACACCAUCCGCGAUCGAUGGAGCAGUGGACUGAGGACAUUUAUGCAUCGCACCCUCAUACUCCCUGCCCGCUCGACCUUCCUCAGCCAACAGAAUGUGGACGUCAUCACGAAAGCACUGGCCGGCGCAGAGCUUGAUUCGGAUGCACCAGCAACGAAGACGGCAGUGACAGCGCCCGCCCUGUACCUCUUGGCAUCCACGGCCACGCAAGUGCUGACUGAGCGAGGCGUCCGCAGAGGCAAUUCGGAAUGGAUGAAGCGAGUCUUUCAAGCAGCCGAGGCUUCGAUACACGAGCGGGAAGAUCGCGCAUCCGUCAUGAAUGUUAUGCUCAAGCAAGCACGAGAGAGCAAGGUUCCCGUGAGCGCAAACGAUUUGCGCAUUGUGUGCCGCCAGUACGCGCUUCACGACGGGGAGACCGAUUGGGAGCUUGUCGCCAACUUGACACAGUGUGAGCCUGAUGUGUUCCAGGGCAGCGCGGCCGGCACAGAACUUCUGAAAGAGGUGUGCGAGAGAUCAGUCGCACCCGAGGCCGAGCAAUACUACGGUGCGGUCACGCAAGUCAUUGACGCUAUCGUGAAAGGCUUCCGAAAUGCCAGAACUUUCUCAACAUUCCUCCGCCUCUGGUUUGAACAGCUAGUUGCAGUUGAAGGCAAGAAGUCGAGGCAACGAUCGCCGUGGACGAGUAUCGGCCGCGGUGAGAGUCCCAUAUUGGCGGGCACGUCGUGGGUUGAAGACAGCUGCUCUGUCAGUGAGGUCAACGAAAUGCUCGACUGGAUCGAUUCACUCAAGCCGCAGCCCGAGUCGCUCUGCCUCUGGUUGAACGCUGUCUCUCAAGGCAUACACAGUGAUGUGUACAAGGACGCACUGGGCCAGAAGAUUUUCAACGUGAUUCUCAAGAUCCCGCAUUCAAAUACCGACAUUUCGGCGCUGAAGUGGAGGGUCAUCUCCAAAGCCGUGGCUUGCGCGCCAAUCAGUCAAAGAGCCGAUAAUAUGGCAUUGAUAAAGGGCGACUUGAAGAAGAUCUUGAAGAAGAGAAGCCUGAACAAGGCCGAAACUUUUGAAGCCUUUAAAUGCUGCUGCCGUCUGUGGGUCGCGUUCUCGCCUGACGGCGACCAAGUUGAACUUCUUGCAGACCUAAUAGGAGAUUUUGACGACGGCAUCGGAUCAAAGGAGGACUUCAGGACGCAGAAUCUGGAUGCUAUCAUCCCCGAUGGCGAAGCCGACAGUGACUUCAGCAGUGAACACGCUCUACCCCUAUACGUGGCCUGGUGCCUCCAAGGAUCAACUCGUUUCAGCAGGCUUUUAUUCAAUCGGAAGAGCGAACUGCCAUUCGCUGUUUCAACCUUGCUAAGCCACGCCGAUAAUUCCAAAUCUACCAUUGGACCUCUCUGGCAGACAUUGCUGAACAACGAGCAUUGCAUCAAUGAGACCAGGCUUGCCGGGUUGAGCGUGGACCGUACCAUCGAUGCCUUCACAGCCUCACAGAAAAAUGGAAGCUGGCCAGACGGCACAGGCAACAUUUGGCUCCGUUCCAUUGCUACUGUCCCGCUUGACGCAUUGAGUCGAGCGCAGCGUGAGCGGGUGAUGCUGGCCCUCGUCACCGCCGGCACCUCUGCGAAAACGGCCAAGAAAAUCUCCCUAGACAGCUGGAAAGACAUCCUCAGUCUCUCGGCAAAGCUCAUGUCUCGGUCGACAUUCUACGAAGGCAUGGCUUUCCAGCACUUGCUGGACAUGGCCAACUACGUGGUCCCCUCAGUUGAUCAAUCGCAUGCCGAGGCCUUGUCGGAGCUUGUUGAGCGCUUCUCAACCAUGGCAACCGCUACCAUCCAGCGGGUGGCUGAACAUGUCGAAAAACGCAGCGCGCAAUAUCUCGAGGAGGCGGCUGGCUUUGUCAAACAAUGCGAGGAAGCGUUGAAGGAGGACAAGAGCCAGCGGAUACCAGCCCUGCAUCUGAUCUUGUUGAAGACGUUAAGCAAAGUACUUUGGGAAACGAAAAGUCUUCAUCACUAUGAUCUUACGGCCUCUUUACCAGCGAAUGCUACCACUGCCCUCAAGGAGGGGGUCUUGAGGGUGAUCCAAGGCUGGGCAAAUGAAAAGAAACUUUUCUCGUCGCCCCAAACAGGCAUGGAUCUCGGUCUGUUUGCCGCUGUUGAUGCGGCAGAUGUCGCCAAGGACCUGCCUGAACUGAGUAAGAUUAAGAGUACUCCGCUUCACAAACUCGAGGAGCGCAGCGCCAAAGCCAUGGAAGCUGGCGACGUGCGUGGAUGGAGGGUACAGACCUUGCUGCAAAGGUUCGUGCCCAUGGAGCUACAGAAGCCCCGGCCUGCCACGUUCCAUAACAUCCAAGGCAAAGGCCGCGAGGUGGUAUUGAGGCAGUACGUCGUCUCGAUCGUCAAGACCAUGCCUGCUGCCGUCAAGAUGAUGUAUCUCGAGUCGUUGCUGGGCGAGUACCUUGCUGGCUGCCAUACAGACGGCCAGCUCAUAGCCAUUCACUAUGUGGUGGGCCAGCUCAUCGAGGCGACCGACCUUCAGAUCAGUCCCGGCGAGUACGAUCUGGCCCAAGCCCACAGCGACUUGACACGAGCGCUGGCCACAUCCUGCACGGCCGCCAAUUCUGUCUACAUCUGCCGCACCCUCUGUCAGCUCUUGGAGAGCAAGCCCCAGGCCAUCACACAGUGGAAUGUCGAGGUCCUACUCGGGACGAUUGCCUCCUUGUCUUCUGACAAGAUCACCGGUGUAUCGCCGCCACCAUUUAUCUGGAUGUGCAAGCUCGUCGAGGUUGUCAUCAAGAAGCACCGCCUGCGACUAGAGGGACACUACCACAUUCUCCUGUCGGUUCUGCAGGUCCUUCUCCGCAACCUCAUCGACGAGCAGCCCUCUACGCCUGCGGCCGAGGGGCCUUCGCAGGAGACAAAAGCCGGCGCCUUUGCACGGUUGGUCACACUCGUCUGCGAGCCUACGGCUGGUGCAGUCUCGAGAGCCCAGCUUCACAGCGCUCUCGAUUCGGCGACCGAUGCGGCCAAGCGAUCAGCCGGGCGACACAUGUAUUUGGUACUGAUGCAAUAUGUCAAGCUGCAGCUCGAGUCCCACGUCUCCCGCGGCGUACGAGAGGCGCUGGAACCGGCCAUGAACUCCAUCUUCGACAUUACCCCUCCCGAGGGGCGGAAAAUCCUAAACGAUGCCAUGGAUGCAAGUGGCAGGGCGGUUUUGAGGGAAAUGUUCAAGCGAUAUACCAGGUUUGGCAAGUGGACCGGCGUUUGA